GUUGAGCUGCUCAACGGUUACGUACCGUACCUACGGCUCGGCUCCAACACUAGCAGCUUCUCCAAAAUCCAAAAGCAAAUCGUCAACGGUCGAAUUGUAGCGGAUGGCAUUUCCAUCCUUACUUCUAYGUAGUACUUAUGAUAUGCCAUGUCACAAAACUGAAUUGUAGUUUCUGUUGCAUGUUGGUCCUCUGUCUCUUGUUUUGUCGACAAUGACUACCCCUUCGGAAACGCCUCCUACCGGUACCCCCUCCACACCAUCCGGAGUGAUUGAUACACCGAAGAGCAAGAAGAUCUACCUUAUUCGACAUGCCGAGUCAGAAGAAAACAGGAGAAUAUCUGCUUUUUGUAGAACCUUUCGAAGCUUAAAAAAGUUUUCCCUGCCAAAAUCUUCUGAUGUGUCGACCUCUAUCGAACUGUUGAAUGUAUCUGCUCAGGUUGAUUCGGACGUGAGCGAAACUGGUGCAAAACAGAUCGCCCACAUGGGAGAAAAGCUUCGAAAGGCGAGUUUUGUCGAGUCGAGCGGAAUCGAGCUAGUGGUGCACUCACCCCUCAAACGUGCUCGUCAGACGAGUGAAGGUAUGCUUGGCUGCAUGGCUGCUUCRUCGUCAGAUGGCCCAUUAAAGGAAAAAAGAUCAGGAACGGUAUCGAAGGUAGCCGAAACGGCUUUGCUUCUAGAGAAAACACCCGCCGAAUGGACACCAAUUUACUACAAUGCCUUCCUAAAGCGGAUUUCCGAGUUUGAAGAUUGGUUGGGGGAACAGCCUGAAGAAACGAUUGCUUUGGUAGGACACUCUCAAUUCUUUAAGGCUAUGUUGGGCUUGACGUACAAGUUUGGAAACUGUGAAGUCUGGGAGGUUGAUUUUGAUUCAUCGUCGACCCAAGAUGGCAUGAGUCAAGAUGCCACAGCGAAUACCAGCGGGGAGAAAAUAAAAGAGGAGCAACCAUCCUUUUMUACACCACGUUCGCGUUGGUCCAAUCUCGUAAAACUUCACCAUUGCGAGAUUGAAAGUUCGCCAAGGAUAGUCUAACUUAUCUGUUGCUGUGAAGGAAAUCUCCAACGUCGAAUAGCCGCUCUUUCAAAUUCAUUGUUUAGCCCAACAUUUUAGUCCUGAUCUUUUUGCAUCAAGAUUUCUAYACUUUAACCACUCGUCGAGAUACAGAUUGCCGUGAUCAAUAAUGGAAUAAUUCAGAGAAGAGUUUUUCAAACAUUAUCAAUGAUAAUGAUCCAGCUGCAACCCUCAAUACUUUUGUCCAAAAUGMAGCUGGUAGAUAGCAAGUUCUUUUCUUCGUGUUUGUGAGUGUGCCUAGAAACACAAAAAUCUGACGACCCUCUAGAUAUGACGAAGCUAUUCACAAACAUUUGCAAAAUGCAUCUASUGAUACAUUGGCUGUCGCAUAACAGCAGCAGCGCUUUGGAUAUUUCACUCACAGUUUGAAAGCGUCAAGGUUUUAGCGUGCCAGUAAGAAAAGAAAGUYUCAAUGAUUUAUUGACUGAAUGCUCAUUGCCGCAGCGGAAGUAACGUAGGUAUACACCAAUCACAAAUUGAAAUACCCUCCAACCAAUUUCAAUUCAAUAGCUAGAGAAUGUUGCAAUUUAUCAAAUAACUGUAUCUUGUUCCCAAAUAUAAGUUAGUKCAAUUC